CCCGGUUGGGCCGGGAUGGACGGCCCGGGAGGGGGGCAGCUGCCCGCCGCCGCCCCGUCGCGGGCGAAGCUGCCUGGCAUCGUUUUCUCGACGGCGCUGUUCUGCGGGGAGAGCGCGGCGGCCGCCGUCCUCUGCUUCUCCUACGGCCACUCCGACGACCGCUUCUGGCUGGCGCUCACCGUCUUCUUCGUGCUCUGCCCCUCCGUGCUGGUGCAGCUCACCCUCAUCUUCGUGCACCGCGACCUCAGCCGCGACCGCCCCCUCGUCCUGCUCAUGCACCUGCUGCAGCUCGGGCCCAUCAUCAGGUGUGUGGAGGCCCUGGUGGUGUACUGCAGGUCAGGGAGGCAGGAGGAGCCCUACGUCACCAUCACGCGCAAGAGGCGGCUGCGGAAAGGCUAUGAGGUGGAGAUGGAGCAGGAGGUGGGCCACUCGAUGCGCCGGCUGGCCACCCACCGCAACGCCUUCAAGCGCAUGGCGGUCAUCCAGGCCUUCCUGGGCUCCACCCCGCAGCUCACCCUGCAGCUCUACAUCAGCAUCCUGGAGAAGUACGUCCCCGCCGCCCGAGCGGUCCUCAUGGGGAUCUGCCUGGUGUCGGUCACCUACGGGGCGCUCGUCUGCAACAUCCUGGCCAUCCAGGUCAAGUACGAUGACUACAAGGUCCAGCUGCGGCCGCUGGCCUUCCUCUGCAUCGUGCUGUGGCGCAGCCUGGAGAUCUCCACCCGCGUGGCCGUCCUGGUGCUCUUCAGCACCGUCUUCAAGCACUGGAUCAUCCCCAUCGCCUUGGCCAACCUGCUGGUGGUCUUCUUCCUGCCCUGGGUGCAGUUCUGGCGGAGCGGCACGCGGCUGCCCGACAACAUUGAGAAGAACUUCAGCCGGGUGGGCACGGUGGUGGUGCUCUGCGCCUUCACGCUGCUCUACGCCAGCAUCAACAUGUUCUGCUGGUCGGCCGUGCAGCUCAAGCUGGCCGACCGGGACCUCAUCGACAAGUCGCAGAACUGGGGCCUCCUGGCCGUGUACUACGUGGCCCGGCUGGUGGAGAACGCGGCGCUCGUCGUCCUCUGGUACUUCUUCAAGACAGACGUCUACGAGAACAUCUGCACCCUGCUGCUGGUGGCGCAGCUGCUGCUCGGCUACUGCCUGGGCAUCUACUUCAUGCUCCUCUUCUUCCAGUACCUGCACCCGUGCCGACAGCUCUUCCGACACAACGUUGCUGAUUUCCUGCACUGCGUCUGCUGCCGGCGGCCCCCGGGCAGCCCGGAGCGCCUCGAGGCGCCCCACGAGCCCGGCGUGAGGCACAGCAUCGUGUGAGGCACAGCAUCGUGUGAGGCACGGCCCGGGGCUGCGGGCUACAGACAAGGGGACAGGGCAGGACGAACCACGCCGAAGGCAGACGCUCCCUGGCCCUGCGGUGGCAGCGGGUCCAGGUGCCUUCAUCCGAGCACUGGUGGAUCCCCGUGGUGGCAGGGGACAGGCGCCUGCCUGGACCACGUGCCCUGGCACACACAGGAGGGACCUUUGGGGUGUCCAGACCCCACGGGGCAGCCAGCGGGGUGCGGGGCAUUGGGGUGCUUGGUCCCCACCCCGGUGCCUUUGGUGACCCCAGAGACGCGAGGGCUGCUCCGGGACUGUUUUGAGCAGUAAAGAAACUUUGCUGUG